AUGUGGCAAGAUGGUGUCAGGACUGUCGAUAUGUGCACAGUCUCCAAGGGCGAGACAUCUGCCCCAUGGGAGGUUACUGCUGGGGGAACCAGGAUCCGCGGCCAGCAUUGGGCAUCGUGCCGAUUCAGCACAAGAUUGGCGAAUAAAACCAUGCGUUUCCAGAUUUAUAUCGAACAUGGAGGCGCAAGCUGGGCCGUUCACAUGGUGGCAGAUGGGUUGAUUUUCUGUUUGGACACGGCCACAAGGGAAUUAUAUGCAUGCGAAGGUCUGUCCACGGAACCGACCGUCCUUCCUGUUGCUGAGAAAGGUCGCUGGCACAUUGGCGAUCUGGACCUGAACGCCCGGCUCGAAGUCGAAAGGGUCACGCGCGGCGAUACCGUGGUUGUCUCGGUACAAGGCCGACGACUUGCAGUCAUGGAGGGUCUGAACAUCAAAUCCAUCAUUAGCGGAAGCGCGAACAACACGAGAUCUAUCGCCUUUGGCGGACCGUGUCAGUGGGUAGCUGUGUAUCGCCACCUCAAUGUGCUCAGGGAUGAGGGUGAGGAUCUAUACCAGGAUACCAUGUUGCCUCAUGACCAAAGCCGAACAUUGGAUGGCUUCCAGGUUGGAACGAAUGGGCUCGCUCGUACGAUCGAUGGUGCAAAAAGAGACCGCGCUUGUUUCGGUGGAGACCUUUAUGUCAUGGAUCGAUCAAUUGCUCACUCUACUAUGACGUUCGACGCGAUAGCAGGCAGUAUUGAGCUCCUGACCAGCCAUCAAACUAACGAGGCAUAUCUCGGCAACCUCUGUCUCAUCCAAGCGCCCGUCCAUGAAUGGAACAAGGAGCCUCCAACAUAUGCCUUCUGUUCCCUGUCCUUCGCGUUGCUACUUGUUGUUGCAAUCAAGGAUUACUGGCUACAUACGGGUGACGCAAGGACGAAAACGCAAUGUUUCCAGCGUCUAGAACAUCUCAUGGCUUACACAGCGGAGCACCUCAGCGUAGGGGUAGUAGUAGCUCUUCCGCCUCCGUCAAUGCAUUGGUUCCCACUUGGCGGCCCAAUUUUCGGUCCCUCGUGCCCACUGAAUAACGCAUAUGACGAGGCCCUGCAUGCCAUGUCGGUGAUGUCCGAUGACCCAGAAGCCAAACAAAAAUAUCUAUCGCAAGCCAAGAAGCUUAAGGUGGAGGUACUGAAACGUUUCUACGAUGCUUCCACCGGUGUCUAUCGCCUGAUUGAAAAUCUACCAAGCGACGGUAUCUGUCAAGAUAACAAGGCCCAUGCCGUGACUAUAGGGCUGCUUCCUAGUCAUGCGAACGAUCUUGAGCAUUUGAUUGACCCACAAUCGCAGCUCCCUCGUGCCUUCCGGGGCCUUGCUCAUUGGAGUGUAGCGGACAUUAUCAGUCUGUAUGCAACAGGGUUCGCAGUUGAGGCAUUGUUUUCACGAAACCAUGGUCUUGAAGCGCAGAGGCUCAUCGAGCGCGUCUGGGGAUCGAUGGCUGACACAUCAAAUCCAAACUACUAUGGAGGACAUUGGGAAGCCAUGAAGACAGACGGAACGCCGCACGGUCACGACACGUCGUUGAUGCAUGGCUGGUCGACGUGGCCAGUAUCACUUCUGCCUCGAUAUUUAGCAGGGCUUCAGCCUGCCGAGCCAGGCUGGACGUCGUUUCGCAUCGCACCAGUCUUUGCCGGUCUAGAGAGGAUCAAUUGCACCCUUGCGACCGUCGCUGGUAGUAUCGGCGUAGAGAUCAAGAUUGAUGAAGCGGAGGGUCAUGGCACGCUGAAAGUCAUGGCGCCUUUUGGCGUUCAUGCGCAGCUGCAGCCACCUAGGGAAUGGAUCAUACAAGGACCAGAGUCUAUUAUGGGAACAGGCGCAUGGCAAAACGUGUUGUUGUUCAAACCCUCCGUGGCUUCCGGGGCACAAGAGUAUCCAGAUGCAAUGCUGCAAGCUACUCCGAUCUGCGCGGGAGGGCGUGUGGAGAAAGCAGAAUCGGAGCGUCCGAACAUUACAAAAUCGGAGAUGGCAGGUCGCAAACAGAAGGUUACAGACGCAUGCGCAAUGUUCGAGAGGGAAGGAGUGAAGCCCUCGCACAUUGACGGUCAUCAGAGCAGCCUCAUCUCGAACACGUUUAUCAUGCAGCUUCUCAAAUAUUUGCUUCCGCUCGCCAUGAGCGCAUCUAUCUCGGCGGCACAACCACUCGAAGAAAGAGACAUAUCCUCGAGCUGGGCUGGGGUCAACUCCUACUUCCUUCAUGCCUAUCAAAAAACCGAUCGCUUGGCUGUCCUUGACGCAGUCAAAGAUGCCAAACUCAAGACGUUGCGUAUCUUCAUCUCUCACACACUACAGAACAACAAAGAUACCGGCUCCGUCAAUAUGCCCGACAUCGAGCCACAACAGGUCGGCACAUACGAUGACACCCAGCUACGUGCUAUUGAUCAGCUCAUGCUUGAAGCGCGUGAACGAGGCAUCAAACUAGUCAUCGCUAUGCAUGACCGCUACCAAUUAGGUUGUUGGGGAAAUGACACAUAUGUUUCCAAAUACAAACUUCCUGCUAUCGACUGCGCGAAAACUCCUGCGGCUCAGAACGAUGUAACGUUCUUUUACCAGGAUGCAUCGCCAAUCUACGACUUUGACAACCGCCUCACAUACAUUCUCCAGCACAAGAAUCAGUUGAUCUCGGGUGCACCGCAAUGGAAAGAUCUUUCGGAUUACAUCUUCGCGUUCAACAUACAGAACGAAGGGCAAGGACAUCUGCGCAACAACAUCGCACCUGCACCAAAAUGGUGGUGUGAUCGAAGCAAAAAGAUGCGAAGCAUCAUGGGAGAUAGCAGGAUUCUCAUCUCAACAGGCGGCGGGAAUGAAUUUCCCAACUCCGAUAUCCCCGAGAAUUGGAGCUGCGCAACACUUGAUCUCAUCGAUAUCCACUCCUACAGCGGCGUUUCCGAAUGGCGCAACAAAGCGCCCAUCGCGCUACAGCACGCUCAAGCCGCCAAGAAACUCGUGCUAUUCGAAGAAUUUGGCGCUACUGGUUCCGACAAGUCUAGUGUUGUAGGUCAGCAUAUCGACAUCUUCAAUGGGCUCAAGGUACCAUGGAUGGUUUGGCAGAUCAACAAGCCGGGCAAAGGUGCUGCAGACUAUGAAUUCUGGACCAACGAGGCUACGUUUGGGGUAGUGAAGCAAGGGGCAGCCAAGGCGUUGAGUAUCUCUGCGGCUCAAACAUUUCCUAAUCUUGUAUGA